CAAUGAAUUGAAGGGAAAAAUGUCCAACUAUAAAUACAAGUGUCCCACGCACAAUUCUCCAACGCACAAUCAAAGCAAAGAAAAUCAUGGCCCCCAAAUCUCUCCACAUCCUCCUCGCCUCUCUCUCACUUCUCGCAAUUGCGCUUACCAUCUCCGCCGCACGUGGCCCAAUCGUCGGCGGCUGGCGCCCGAUCGGCAAUUCCAAUGCACCGGAGAUCGUCGAAAUCGCGAAAUUCGCGGUGUCGGAGCACAAUAAGCAGGCGCACGCCUCCUUGGUUUUCGUGACUGUGGUCAAGGGAGAGACGCAGGUGGUGGCUGGUAUCAAUUACAAGCUCCAGAUCUCGGCCAAGGACGGAAGCGCCGCCGCCCCCAAAACCUACUCCGCCGUGGUUUACUCCAGGGCUGCGCCGAAAUCCCUAGAGCUCACUUCCUUCGAGCCAAUUAAAGCCUAAUCGCUGAUUAUACGAAAAAUUUGUUUUACCAAACUGGCUAGAUUUUGUACUCCCUCUGUCCCUGAUUAAUUGUUCCUCUUUGAUCGGGUAUGGAUUUUAAGAAAUAUAAAGAAAAAUUGAUUGAAAAAGUUAGUAAAA